AUAUCCUCCUCCUCUCUCUUCUACUUCUUCUUUUCGGUACCCAGACAGACACACAGGUACACCAGAGUCCUCGUGGUCGAAACCGUGCAGUCUGCUCUUGUAUGUCGUGCAGUUAGGUCUCUCUGCUCUCACCGGUUCUUAAAAACAAAAAACCUUUUUUUAAAAGAAGAAGAAGUUGGGUUUUUAUUUUAAUCCCCUCUUUUAUUUUUAACCCUCAUCUGAUUAUAUUCGUGACGCGUUCCAUCGUCAAGGAAAAAAACCAGAAUAGCUGGUCGCCUUUCAGAAAUGGAUGGAUGAUGUGAUUAAAUCCAUCGAGAUGGCUCCGGAUCUUGAGAGAAAAUAACCAAAAGGAUCAAGAAAGAGAAAAAGGAUCCUCCCAAGAGUCAACCGACGGCACCACUAUGGCUGAGCUGCUGCUGGUGGAAUCAAGCGGCCACCAAUCCCGAUCGGAACCAGUUGAGAGAACUUUAUCAGACGGACUCGAGUCCACCGGUUCCCAAUAGAUUCCACACACACACACAGAGCCUUGUCUAUCAGUCGAAAACAAUUGCCGUCUGCAAAUAAGCCAGAAAGAAAGUGGACGAAAAACUAUCGAGUCCCCGUGAAAAAAAAGGAACGAACGAAAAGAAGACGUCACCCAUAAAAGGCAAACAAAAUGACCUUACCAAAAAGAGAUGGAGAACAAGAAGAGUUGAAUAAAGGAGGAAAAAGUCAAGUCAUUUAUUGCAACAAAACAACGUACACAAGACAACACGCCCCCGUGAUGAUGAUGUCGACGACGCAUGCGUCCUCGGCCGACCCCGCAGCUGUCCCGACGACUCCUCUGGCACGACCACUGCGGACGCUCAAUAAUAUCAACUCGGCUCCUCACGUGAUCCAGCUGCAUCCCAACAACUCUCCCAAACUCUCGGGAAAACGGAAAACGGCCGUGGAAUUGCUGGAAGAGUCGAAAGCCUUUUACGUCAAAACGGAGCGGAUACUGGAUCGAAAACAGGAGCUGCCGCACUACAGUCCGGGCGACCGGCUGCUAUUGCUGCAGCACCACCCCAACCGCUCGCCCAUGCUGAGCUUGCCGUCGGCCCGCAUCCGUGAGCACCAUCACGUGUUUCCGGCCGUGACGGCGGCCAUGACGACACUUCUUCCGCACCAUCAGUUCCACCUCCAGCAGCAGCAGCAGCAGGAAAACACCACCACGGCCGCCAACAGCGAGCCCAUUGGGGUCUACGGAAAUGGAAGCGGCUCCGGCGGCACCCGAACGCGCGAGGGCUACUACACGACGCCGCCGGUCGAGAAACGACGCCUGUCCAUCCGCAAAGACAAUCCACUGCCACUGAAUGUGACAGCCGUCAAACGCUUUCUCAGCCGGCCCGGAUCGACGGAGGAGAACCUCCAAGUCCGCAAGCUGGUGCCUUCGAAAAGCACUUGCCGCCUGAUUGGCUUUUUCGAAUCGUCGGCCGGCAAAACGGGGACAUUGACGUCGUCUUCCAGCGGAGGAGGCGGAAGCAGCGGAGGCCUCAGCCCCAACGGAGGAGCCAGCAACAAGAAAAUGAGGACGCGCAUCACUUUCUCCGAAGUGUUGCCGUGCAUUUGUCAGAGCAAUCAGCCGCCCGAGUUGCCGCACCGCAUGAACAAAAACAAUCCAUCACCUCCUCCGCCCAUUCCGCCCAAAAGUCCGGCGCUCAACGCCAAACUUCGGCUGCUAAGUCAAGAGCAAAGUCUUCACCAAAUCACGCCGGCCGCCGCUGGCGGACGCGUCAACUCUUUUUCGGUCGCUUCCGGAUCGAAACCGCCGCCGCGCCAGCCGCACCAGCCGCCAUCGUUGACUCUGCCGCCGCAAUCCGCCGUUGUCGCCGUUAUGAAGUCGCAGGCGGCCACUUUUCGGCGCAUUCAGAGCGAGGAAGCGCCGACCAGUCUGAUGAUCCUGCCCGUCUCGGAAGCGGUUCAAACGCAGCGCAAUCUGCUCCUCCGCAAUCCCAUCUUGCACAAAUCGCUUCCGGAUUUGAACUCGCCCAAGAACGCCAAGCGCGGACGAGGUGGAGGAGUGCGCGGUGGCAAAAUCCGUUCGGCUUCCACCGACCUGGAAAGUUGCAGCGACGGCGAAUCCGGCGGAAGUAGCCGGAUGAGUCGCAGCAGCAGCGUUCACUUGGAUUCGGGAUCCAACAGCUCUGAUGAGUCUUCCAAUGAAAGCGAAACUCCGUUCAGUCGGCCAGACGCUGGCGGCCGAGGAAGUGUCGGGGCCAGCCGGAGCGAACGGGCCACCACCUCCGACUACGCCAGUCGUUCGCCCAGUUUCAAAUACGAAACUACCAGUCUUGUCCAGACUAGUCAAACCUGGACUCUGCCUCCGCCCUGGCAGGACGAUAGCGGAGUGGAUCCAUCGGCGGCCGAGAGCUCCACCGUCGAACUGCCGGCCCCCGAUCAAGUGAGGCGCAAAGCGAUUCUGCGCUCCAAAUCGGAUGUCGGCCCAUCUCGUUUCGCCCCUGACCUGCUUCCGGCCGUUCCGCCGGAAUUCACCGGUGACGUUCCGCUGGACUUGGACCAAUUUUUCGACACCAUCGGCCAGCACGGGAAAUUGUCGUCUGUGGAAGUGAUGAUCGACAAUUCCGGCCGAUCGUCGCCCGUCUAUUUCUCGAGCGUCAGUUCGGUCGACUCUUAUUGCAAGCGACGCCACGUGGACAAUUUGUACGAGAGUAGCGACUCGGAAGACAUGGCCGCCACUCUCCAGCGACGCUUGUUAGGGAGUCAACCGGGAAUGGGCGAGCCGUCGAUCGUGGAACGCAACGCUCGAAUCAUCAAAUGGCUCAUCAAGUGUCGCAACGUGCCGGUCGUCAGCCAGGCCUCGUUUCCUUCUUCCGGUUCGACCGGUCAGCUGUCCAAAUUGGCUGGUGCUGUGGCUGCUGCCGCUCAUCCUCAUCCUCCGCCGCUGUUAUCCAUGCUGCCGCCACCUCGCAGCAGUAGCGCUCACAUGCCCGGCAAGCCGGUCGUCGCCGCACCACAACCAGCCUAUUACGGACAGAGCACACGAUUGUAGUCGCGACUUAGCUGCUCCUGCUCUUGUUGUUGUUGUUGUUCUACCAGGUGGUGGCAAUGGUGGCGGUGGUCAUUUGUUUCUUAUUUUUUGAAGGUUUUUCACGUUGACAUUCGAAAACAAGAAAAAAGGAGCGACGGACGCCUCUGGUUGGAUCGAAAGUGUCGCGCUAUUUCCCUUUUAUCCACCCCCGCAACGUUGUCUCCUUCUCUCUCUCUCGUAAUCGAUCUGUAUAUUUCCCCCCCGUUUGGUGUUUUUGUCUCCUUUUUCUGUCGGUGGAAACUAGUCGUUGACAUGGCAACUCCAGCCCCCCUCCCCCCUAAAGUGCAUCACACACACACACACACACAUCCCUUUACUACUACCCCCCGAAGUCUGGUGUCCUUCAACGUGUAAU